GGGCCUAAAAAAAAAUGUUACCCAAGUCUCAUCUCAAGCGGCCUUGAUUCGUCCUCCUCCUCCCUCGACUUUCGCAGUCUCGCCUUGCUCUGUCGCUCACAGUCACGGACGAAGAGUUUUCUCUAAUCAGUGAAUCACCACUCUUCUGAACUCACGAUUCACGAAUCACGAAUCGAAAUCUCGCUCUCUGCCUCUCUCRAGUCUCGACUCUCGACCGUCUCUCGGCCUCUCGCUCGCCUCAUCUAUCGAUUCACGGCUAAACCUAGACGAAAUCCUCUCACGAAUCUCGCAUUUGAAAUCUUGAUUCACGGGCGAUCAAUCAUGCUUUUUGGGGCGAUAAGAUCUAUAAUCCGACCUGUGUCACGAACCAUACUUUUAUCUCGCCCUAUCACAACCACUUCAUCCGCUUUCUCUAAGCCGUUGUUUUCUGCUACCUACAACAACGAGCCAAGUCCGCUUUUCAGAUCAACUCACAGGAGCCACUUGUUUUGGAGACCGGCAUCGAUGAGGACAAUUCAGAGCCUAACAGAUACCCGCUUUCCGAAGAGAAGGCCGGUUGAUAAGCCUCGUAGGAAAAGGGCUAGCUUGAAGCCUUCAGGGCCUUAUGCUUGGGUUAAGCAUGUUCCUGGUGAACCAAUACCUGGGAAUCAACCAAAUGAGGGAAGUGUCAAACAUAGAAACGAAAAAAAGCGGAUAAGACAGCGGCGGGCCUUCAUACUGGCAGAAAAGAAGAAACGUAAGGCUGAGUUGCAGGAAGCCAAUAGGAAGAAGAGAAUUCAGAGGAUAGAACGAAAGAUGGCUGCAGUAGCCAGGGAUCGAGCUUGGGCUGAAAGACUAGCGGAGCUGCAGCAGCUUGAAGAAGACAAAAGGAAGGCGGCAGCGACUACCGCGUAAUUUUGCAUCUUUGCAGGAACCCAACCCUCCUUGCUGCAGACUCGCAAUGAUUAAUUAGUAUGGUAUGGUGGGGACGCUUCAGAUGGUGGCUUCUACCCUUCUUUAUUUACUUAUUUGUAGGUCAUUUUACCUUUUCAUGGGGAAAACCAGUUAUGUGUUAACUUUUAACCAGUUAUAACCGGUGUCGAACAAAAACCGUCAUCAGAUAAUUGAUUAUGGCAUAACUGGUCCGGUUCGCUAACCAGUUUGUAGCCAAAAAUGUGUAACUGACCUCAAAGCCCAAUCCAUUUUAACUUGUCCCUUGAUCAA